AUGUUCACGCGUAAGGUGUUCUGCGUCACCGGUGCCGCAUCGGGCAUAGGUCGAUCAACAGCAAUCAUACUGGCGCAGAGAGGUGCCGCUGCUCUUGCGGUCAGCGACGUGAAUGCAGCGGGUUUAGAUGAGGCCGUCAGAGACAAAGGCGAGAAAGCUGGAGCCAAAGUCCUAGCUUCCAAAGUCGACGUCCGCCAAGACCAUGAGGUGAAAUCCUGGAUCCAAGAGUCUUUCACCAAGUUCGGGAGGCUCGAUGGGGCGGCCAAUAUUGCUGGAGUUGCCGGUGGGACCGGAUCUACAAUCAUCGAGACAAUCGCACAAGAAGACUGGGACAGGACCAUAGGCGUCAAUCUCAACGGGGUUCUCAACUGCAUGCGAGCCCAACUACCGCUAUUGCCGAAACCAGGAGGGGCAAUCGUCAAUGUGUCAAGCACGUCCGGCCGGAGAGGUCUACCGCACAGUGCUGCGUACGCGACCAGCAAGUUUGGUGUCAUUGGGUUGACCGAAUCAGCAGCUGGGGAAUACGCCAAGGAUGGCAUCCGGAUCAACACGAUACUGCCCGGGCCGGUCGAUACCAAGAUCUUUCGAGACGGCGAGGCGUUGGGGCUCUUCGACUCGGACAUGCUUUCCAAGGAUACUUUGCUUCGCCGAAUGGGCCAACCUGAUGAGAUUGCAAAGGUCAUCUGCUUUCUCUUGAGUGAAGAUGCCUCAUACGUGACAGGAGGUAAGAUGAAGACCGGUAAUGACUUGAUCGGCGUAGGCUCACAGUAAAUGCAGCACACUGGAAUGUUGACGGGGGCUAUCUGGCUUGUUAGAUUCUUUGAUGACGGUGUUAUAUGCUGAAAACAUUUUAAUGCCAUUCGAUUCGUUCCAGUCCUUCAGUCAAAAUUCCUCGUCUACCAAGCAGCGUAGACGUCUUCGACCACCGUCCUCAUAAGGUAUGCGCGCAGGGAACGACAACCGGUAUCUAGUCCAUG